AGCAACAUUUUAUAAAAAACUGUAGCACAAAUACGAAUAUUCGGGCAUCCACCAAACACCAACUCCAGCACAAACACAUUCAAAGUAUUGAAGUCACUUUACAAAGUACCCCCGAAACAUCUCGCAAGAAUACCUCCUCAUUUUACCCCAAAAAAAAAAAGAGAAUACCUCCUCAUUUUGAAGCGAAAAAGUAUCAGGCAGCAAGUUCAGAGCCCCCCCACUUGCCCCCAAUGGCCGCUCCGCCGCCGGUGCUCACCCUGGCGGUGGAGAAGGGCCCGCGCGAGGGAGAGACCCGGAGAUGCCGGGUGGGCGCUGCGCUCCGCGUUGGCCGCAUCGCCUCCGGCAACGACCUCGCCGUGCGCGACGUGGGCGCGUCGCAGCGCCACCUUACCAUCGAGUUCCUACCGCCUCCCGCCUCCCGUUGGGCCGUGUCCGACCUCGGCUCCUCCAAUGGCACCUUCAUCAAUGGUGCCCGCCUCCUGCCCUCCGUCCCCGCCCCGCUCUCCCACGGGGACCUAAUCAUCCUCGGUCAGUCCACCGUGCUCGCCGUGUCCAUCGCGCCUGAUUCGGAUGUGAAACCCGGCCCUAGGCGCUCCUCGCGCCGCGCGGCGGCAGUGGCGGUGGCGGAGGAGAAGCCGACCCCAUCCGUAACCCGCCUGAGCACACGGAAGAUGUUGGGGACGAGGGCGGCGGCGGCGCCCUCCGAAACUGAGAAGGGGGGGCCGGGCACAGCGGCAGUGGUGGUGGAGGAAGAGAGCCACCUGGUAGUUACACGUGGUGGCGGACGGAAGAAGGUGGCUGGAGCGGAGCCCCUCGGAGUGGGCAAGGAAGAGAUGGAGGAGGCCGCAGUGGCAACACUCCGCGGUAAGAGGAAGAAGGUUGUGGAGUUCCCUGAACUGGAGAAGGCAGAUGAACAGAAAGAGGAGAAGGCUGCGGUGGCAACACGCGGCAGGAAGAGGAAGAAGGCUGUGGAGUCCCCUGAACUAGAGAAGGCGGAUGGUCGGAAAGAGGAGAAGGCCGCAGUGGCAACACGCGGCAGGAAGAGGAAGAAUUCUGUGGAGUUCCCUGAACUGGAGACUGCAGAUGAACAGAAAGAGGAGAAGGCCGUGGUGGCAACACGCGGCAGGAAGAGGAAGAAUUCUGUGGAGUUCCCUGAACUGGAGACUACAGAUGAACAGAGAGAGGAGAAGGCCGUGGUGGCAACGAGCGGCAGGAAGAGGAAGAAGGCUGAGCCCUCUGAACCGGAGAAAGGAGAUGAGGCUGUGCUGGUGACAUGCCGCGACGGGAGGGAGGUUGCAACGACGGUUGCUCCUCCGCCGCUGCCUCCAAAGACAAGGGUCCAGGGAAGGGUCACAAGGGCUCGUGCAAGGAAGGCUGUUCUUGAGGUGGAGGAGGAAGAGGAGGUGGCUGCACCAAGAGAGAAGGAGAAGAGUGAUAAGGUGGCAGCUGGGGAUGAAGAAGUGGAAGGGACUGCAAAUGCAUUGGAGGAAGUGCCUGUUGCUCAGAGGGGGCUGGCAGGUAGAGCGCCAGAAGGGAUGUUCAGUACUGAGUGCGCUGCUUCUAACAACGGGGGUAAGGAGAUAAAUGAAGGUGGAGGAAAGGAGGAGAAUGGGAAGAUGGAAGCAGUUAACAGCCGAGGAGAGUUGGAGGAUGAUGAGAAGGGCGAGGAGCAUCCUGGGAGAAGCAGCCUGGAUACUAUUACAUUGCGGGAGUGGUUCGAGCGGAUGGAAAGGUGCCUUCCAAGGAUGAUCAAUGAGGCUGCUGAUGAGAUGAUAGCGAAGCUGGAGGAGAAACAUCGGCGCAUCAAUGAGUACAUUUCAGUGCUCGGGAAUAGUUCAGAUCCUUCUUUUGAUCCAUGUAUAGUCAGGAGUUAUGCUCAGUCCAAUGCAGGGUGAUGCCUGGAAAUAACAUUGGAGACAAUAUUUAGUCGCAUGUUUUGCAAACAGUAGAUUUGAGGUAUUACCAUCAUUCACUGGGUGAUGAUUAUUGAAAUUAUUCAUUCCAGCAGCCACACCAGAAGUGCCUGAGAAAUGUUAUCGUUCCUGUUUGAUAGCA